GUAAGUAACUGUGUGGGGGUCGCUCGUCUAACAUAAAAUUUUUUAGUUUUAUGAGUUUUUAAAAUAAAAAAUAUGUACAGAUAUUUUUUUGUGUUUGUGUUGUUUACAAGCCAAUUUUGGAGUUUUUUUGCAUAUCAAAUACCCUCACCUAAAUUGGAACUGCUUGAGCAGGGAUUUCGUGUAUCAAUUCCAGAUGUGGCUGGAGUGGAAAACGUUGCCUUCAAUAUUAAACUGAAUCAGCCGUUCAAGCGAUUUGAAGAAGGCCAAUACAGUGAAAGGGUACUCGCACCAACCAAUAACCGUUGGGCAUACGAAAACCAAAGAAACCUACAAGAUGAUGAUGUGGUUUAUUUAUGGAUCAAUGUGCAACAUAACAAAAUGGUAUAUCGGACGACUUCUAACCCAAUUUUUGUAAAAUCUAUUAGAGGCAAUGUCAUUCCACCAAAACGUCAAAACACAAGCGAAACUAAUAAGCAAGGUAAGGAAGAGGUUACGGAUGAUAAUGAAGAAAAAAAAUCCAAUGAAAAUACUAGCGAUACUAAUAAUACAAACGAAAACCCAAAUAUUGAUUUAAAGAAAGAAGAAGAGAGGAAUACAAACACUACUAAUCCGGAUAUAGAAAUCAAAAAUAAAAACGACAACUGCUUACCUUCCAUUACCACAUAUGGAAAACGACAAGCUUGCAAAGAUCAAUUAAUUUUUGAAGACAGUUUUGAUGGCGUUAAACUGAAUUCACAGUUGUGGAAGCAGGAAGUGCGUAUUGCACAAGAUGUGCUUGACUACGAAUUUACACUCUAUGAUACCAACGUUCGUAUUAAAGAUGGACAAGUAGAAAUAAUUCCUCUCUUAUGGAAUAACGACAAGCCAGGAACUAACAUACAACAUGGGCGUUUAAACCUGGGCGACAGAUGUACUGGCUAUAAAAAUUCCGAACUGGAGUGCAAGCGUGUUGCACAUGGCAUCGCUGCAACCGUGUUACCACCUGUAAUUUCUGCACGUAUGAAUACUAGGCAAUCCUUUAGUUUUAUGUAUGGAAGAGUUGAAAUACGCGCCAAACUGCCGCAAGGAGAUUGGCUACUGCCGUUGUUGCUUUUGGAACCUUUAGAAAAUUUCUACGGGCACGACAACUAUCAGUCGGGACAAAUUCGCAUUGCUUUUGCUAGAGGAAAUGAGAAUUUGAUGUCACGAAAUGAUGAUGUCAUUGAUGGUCGCCGACUCUAUGGGGGCGGAAUUGUAACUCCAAAUACACUAUUCCGGGAAAAAACUUUAAGAAGCACAUAUCGCGAUGUGCACUUCGGUGAAGAAUUCCAUAACUAUACAAUGAUUUGGAAUAAGCAGAAUUUCAAAUUUUUCAUUGAUGGUGAAGAAUAUGGAGUAGUUGAAGGAAAUUUCGCAGAGACUUAUGCAAAAGACUUGGGUUACUCCAGUGCAUGGAAAAGCGGUGAUUCGAUGGCACCUUUUGAUAAAGAGUUUUAUAUAACCAUUGGUCUAGCUGCCGGUGGACAUAUUGAUUUUCCAGAGGGCUGCAUAUCUUAUUACCGACCAAAACCAUGGGAAAAUUUAUCGCCAAGUGGGGCACUGAAAUUCUGGGAAGAUCGUGACAAUUGGAAACCAACUUGGAAAAAUUCAAAACUCCUCGUGGACUAUGUACGAGUCUAUGCCAUUUAAACCUAACUAAGUAACUUCAGUGAUAAUAUUAAAGUCUGCGCUAUAAGCGAUUUUUUAUUUAAUAAAUUUAUAUAAAUGUUAA